AUGCCUUCCCUUGCACCUCUCCCGCAGCGGCGACAGCGUGCUGAUGCUCCGGAAUCCGACAGCAAUAGUCCCAUUAGUGACAGGCCUUCGCGAAUCUCGCGAGACGGCACUCCCUUUUCCCAAGUGUCUAACGGUAGUAAACGUAUCCGCCUUGCAGCACCUAAUGAUCACGAAAAUGACCAAAGCGACGCGAAUGGUACGUCGGAAGAUGAUAGUGAUGACAUAUCUUCCGGGGCAAACGGAAUGGCAACGUCCACCAACACGCUCCGUCCUCCCUCUGUCAAGACUGUGCGCGGCUCUCGUGCGAAGCGGAGCGCGGGCGGCAGACAGGAAAGCUCCCACGGGAAUGGGCCGAAUCCCGAACAUCGACCUGGGUCGAUUGUGAGAGUGAAACUUAGGGAUUUUGUUACAUAUACCUCUGCGGAGUUCUUCCCCGGACCCAGACUCAAUAUGGUCAUUGGACCCAAUGGAACAGGGAAGAGUACUCUUCAUCUCGGAAGAGCGAAGGACCCAGCUGAAUUUGUUAAACAUGGCUGUGAAGAAGCCACCAUCGAAAUUGAGCUAGCUAAAGGAAGAAAUCAUCGUGAAAAUCCUGUCAUCCGCAGAACCAUCGUAAGGAAGGGUAACAAAAGCACGUUUACGAUCAAUGGGAAGCCCUCGUCGAAAGCAUCUGUCCUUGAGCUUGCUAAGUCAUUUUCUAUCCAAAUCGACAACCUCUGCCAGUUUUUACCCCAAGACAAGGUAGCUGAGUUCGCUGCGCUUUCGCCAAUUGAAUUAUUACACUCAACUCAGCGAGCAGCAGCUGGCCCCCAAAUGCUACAAUGGCAUGAAGAUUUGAAAUCCUUACGUGCUGAACAGAAGAAAUUGCUGGCUGCUAACGCCGGCGAACGCGAACAAUUGGCAAAUUUGGAACUCCAAACUGUUCUUACGCAGAAACGAGAAUUGGCUGCUGCACAGGAGGGAUUGGUGGCGGACGGUGCCCUAAAACUUGAAAAGGCACAGGAGGAUAUAAAAGACUUGGAUGUGCAAAUCGAAGCAGAGAAAAAGGGUGCGUUGGCACAUAGGGAUAAUUUGAAAAGGUCUCUGCAGAUCAUUAACAAACUCACGCGACAAAUGGAGGAGGAGCCGGUUGAAUAUGAUGCCGCCGCCUAUACUGAGAAAAUUCGGGAGAGCGUGCGUCAUAUUAGGGCUAUCGAGGAGGAGAUGAGAAAUGUCCACGACGCCAAAAAUAAAGCUUCUAUGGACUGCGAUCUUGCGACUCAGAAAAUUGCGAGAGAAAAUGAACGUCUGGAGAAUCUAAACUCUGAGAGUGGACGACAGGAGGAGAAGCUCAAAAAUUUGUCUGCAGACACUGCCAAAGCAUGGGCAUGGAUAAAAGCAAAUCGAACAGAGUUCCAAAGCACGGUCUUCGGCCCACCACUACUCCAAGCUCCAAUAACAGACGAGGAGCUUCACUCUUUGGGAUUCGACUGUUGGGCUAAAGAUUUAUUAUCCGGUCCCGAACCUGUCGUGGCCAUGCUCUGCAGCGAAAAUAGAUUGAACCGGACGCCUAUAGCUCGUCGAGAUAUCACCGACGAUGAGUAUACAAGGAUGACAAACAGCCCAAUUAGUAGCUGGGUGACCGGUCGUCAGUCAUAUCAGGUUACACGCAGACGCGAAUACGGACCAAGCGCCAUUUCGACUCGAGUUCGGCAGCUUAAGCCUGCCCAAUUUUGGACGAACCAGCCCGCCGAUCUCUCCGCCAGAAGCAUCAUAGAGAAUAAGAUUAAGGAAUUGCAAAAGGAAGUGGAUACCUUCCAAGGAGUGUUUGAUGAGCACAAGGAUGCACUGGCAACUUUAAGAAGACGACACCAAGAUGCACAGGAACGAAAGAGGGAUCUGGAGUCGGAAAAGGCAGCGAAGCAAACUGCUCUAACAAAUUAUAAGGCUCUGCCUACUAAAAAAUCUCAGCAAGAGGAUAAACUCCGAGCAUCAGAAGCUGCGAUAGUCGGUGUGAGACGGAGAGUUGAAGCACUUCGCGACAAACAGGAUCAGCUCUCCCUUGAAAAGGCUUCCAGAGCUCUAGAGUAUGCUAAUUAUGUCGAUGAAUUCCAACAUUUGAUUGAGGAUCUUGCUUUAGCGGAAGUUAAUCUCCUUGAAGCUGUAUCCGACCUUGACGCCCUACAGGAGAGGAACUCGGAAGUAAACCAAAUGCUCGAGAGUAAAAAGGCAGAAGUCGAGGAUGCUAUAAAGGAAUGUAGCAAAUUGAAGGAGCGGGUGGAUAAGUGCCGUCAUGAUUUUAAAGAAUUUGCAGACUACGUCAGUGCCGACCCAGACAUGCAGACGGGUGAAAUAAGGGAGCUUGUCGAAACAAUCAAGAGCUACACCGUUGAUCAGCUCGAGGCCGACAUUGACUCUGAAAGAGCCGCUCUCGAACUUGCUGGUGAAGGUAAUAGCAACGUGAUUAAAGAGUUUGAACUGCGCCAGGAGCGCAUCGACAAACUCAAAGAACACCUUACUGAGUUCCGGCAAAACCUCAAUGAGCUGGACGAAGCAAUAGCUGAAGUUCGAGGCCAGUGGGAACCUAGACUCGAAAACCUCGUGAAAAGAAUCAGCGAUGCCUUUGCCGAUUCCUUCUCCCGCAUCGGCUGCGCAGGGCAGGUGAGCAUCGACAAGGCGGAAGAUGUCACGCCAGAACACGAGAACUUUGCGCUUAGCGCUACUCAGACCGAUAACGGCAACCGCGGUACGAAUCGCACAAAUGACUUCGAUCAGUGGUCUAUCCGCAUCCAAGUGAGGUUCCGCGAAAACGAAAACUUCUCCAUCCUGGACGCGCAUAGGCAAUCUGGUGGGGAGCGGGCAGUCAGCACGAUCUUCUACCUCAUGGCUCUACAGUCGCUUUCAGCCUCGCCGUUCCGUGUCGUGGAUGAAAUCAACCAGGGCAUGGACCCGCGAAACGAGCGGAUGGUGCAUGAGCGCAUGGUAGAUAUUGCAUGUGCUUCGGGUGAGACUGGUGGAGAUGGCGGGGGCCAAUAUUUCCUCAUCACGCCCAAGCUGCUUAGUGGGCUGAAGUAUAAGAGGGGGAUGAAGGUGUUAUGUAUCGUUAGUGGGGAGUAUGUGCCAGAGAAUUAUCAGCAGAUGGAUUUUGGAAAAUGUGUUUUGAGGAUGAAAGAUGUCUUGAAGGCGAGAGGCAAGGGGAAGGGGGCGGAGAUUGGUGGCGGGGUGGAGGGGAUUGACAUUGGGGCGUGA